UCAUGGUCUUGUGUCCAGGCUACCGGUCGGUGCCGUUGAAGAACAGCUACACCGAGGACCUGGAACUCGCCUCCCUCCUCAUCCACAUCGAGAUCAUCAACGCCAAGGAGGAAGACGAGGAGAACCUCUACUCGUCCAUCCAGCAGCUGCGGGACCGCGCCAGCGAGCUCUCCAGCCAGGUCUCCAGCUACGAGCGCACCAACGGCUGCGACUCCCGCUACCAGCAGCGCCUGGACGAGCUCCGGGCGGCCCAGGAGCGGCUCAUGGAGCUCACCGAGGUCCGCAACCGCAAGUUGAUGGAGAAGAAGAAGAGGGACCGGCAGAUGGUCACCAAGCGCAGCUGAGCGGGAGGGACGCGAGCGCGGGAGCUCCCCGGCCACCUCCUCUCCGGCCACACGGGGAGGUGGGGUGGCCACAGCUGGUCCCCUGCCCGUGGCCGGGACUGGGUGACCUCCAGCUUUCAUCCCACGUCCCCUGGGGCUCGUGGCCACCCCCCUGUCCCCACGGGGUGGCCACCGUGGCUCCUUUUUCCCCCUCAUGAGGAAACUGAGGCACGGGGCCCAGCCAGGCCGGGAUGGGGCAGGAAUGGCCACCUCCAUCCUGGGGACGGGUGACAGGAUGGGCUGGCAGUGAAACCCCAGGGUGGGGACACAGGGGACACUCUGGGGGGGGAGGUCAGGGGGGCGUUUUGUCCCCCCUCUAUAAAUAUCUGUAUUUUCUUCUUUUAUCCAGCCUGUACAUACAGCGGGGGGGGAGGGGAGUCUGGACCAGCCACAGUAUUAGGGCACAAG